AUGGCGUUGUCGGGCUUUUUACCAGAAUACAUGUACAGUUUUGUGGAUCAACUAGACGAGCAUCCAUGGCUGUUUUCUGGACUGGCUUCGGUCCUGGUCGGUCUGAGUGGCAUAUUCCCGUUGCUGGUCAUCCCAUUGGACGCCACAGACACCUUCACAGAUGGCCCUGGAGCCUCUACAUUAAGGAUACUGCUGAGUUUUGCAGUGGGUGGACUAUUGGGUGACGUGUUCCUACAUCUUCUUCCAGAAGCGUGGCAGAAUGAUUUAAAUAAUACUAAACCCGGCGAACACGUAUCCCUAAAAAGCGGACUAUGGUGCCUCACAGGAAUGCUAGUCUUCAUCGUAGUAGAAAAACUAUUCGCAGCAACAGAAAAUGAAGACGAAGAAGAAGAAUCGAAAGAACAGGAAACUGUAAAACAAAAUGGUUCCGCUAAAAUAAAAGAAAUUGAAAUAGAAGAGAUUGAGAAACUCCUGAGAGUUGAGAGGAGGCAGAGAGGAAAGAGUAUUGGUGAGGGAAUCUGUGAUAGCAAUGGUAUUGUGAGUGCCAAGGAGUUGUACGAUACCUGUGUCUUCAAUAAUAAUACUAAAGGUGUAUGCUGCAACUCGGUAGUGAACCAGAAUGGGUCAGUCCGCUGCAACAACAAGGGCAACCGCUGGAUGGGGCGCUGUCUGCUCAGGGAGGCAAGGGAACAAGCGCUCAAAGCCACCAAAGAGAAGAGUAAUAAGAAAGAUGUGGCAGGCUACUUGAACUUGAUGGCGAACUCGAUAGACAACUUCACGCACGGACUGGCGGUCGGCGGCUCCUUCCUUGUAGGGUUCAGAGUCGGCGUGCUGACCACCUUCGCAAUAUUAGUGCACGAAAUUCCUCAUGAAGUUGGAGACUUUGCGAUCUUGCUCAAGAGUGGCUUCUCGCGGUGGGAGGCGGCUAAAGCGCAGUUGGCUACGGCCGCAGCUGGUCUUAUCGGCGCCAUGACAGCUGUGAUCUUCAGUGGAGCCAGGAACUCUAUUGAGGCAAAAACAUCCUGGAUAGUCCCAUUCACAGCGGGCGGCUUCCUCCACAUCGCACUAGUGACGGUGUUGCCAGACUUACUGAGAGAACCUGACAAGAUGCAGUCACUUAAACAUUUGGGAGCUCUUGUAUCAGGUAUCGUCAUCAUGGCGUUCAUGACGUACUACUUCGGAUAG